AUGGAACAGUGCACUGAUAAAGCUGGGAAGAAUUCCGAAGAGAAGAAAAUUUUCCUAGACAUUGCAUGUUUCUUUAAUGGACAGGACGAAGAUCGAGUAACAGAAGUACUAAACAGUUGCGAUUUUUCUGCAAUUAUUGGAAUACAAGUUCUUAUCGAAAGAUCUCUCUUGACUGUUUCGCAUGGAAGACUAAGGAUGCACGAUUUUCUCCAAGAAUUGGGAUGGGAUAUUGUCCGCGGGGCAUCUCCUAACAAGCCGGGAAAGUGGAGUAGGUUGUGGCUUCUUAAAGACAUUGAACAUGUCUUGACCAAAAAUACUGGAACUGAAGCAAUAGAAGGCAUAUUUGUGGACUCAACCAAGUUAGGAGUAGACAUGGAUGUGACUCCGAAAUCAUUUUCAAUGAUGAACAAAUUGAGAUACCUGAAGAUUGAGAAUGGGAACCUGCCUAAGGGACUUGAAUUUCUUCCCAAUAGUUUAUGGAUUCUUGAUUGGACGAGGUAUCCGUUAAAAUCCUUGCCAUCACAUUUCAACCCUCAGAAGCUGCUCGAACUAGGCUUGUCUCAUAGUUGUAUUAAACAUGUUCAGAUAGGAACGGAGCCUUUAUGCAACUUGAAAACCAUUAAUCUGAGUCACUCUUUGAAUCUUGUCAGCACCCCAAACUUUAAAGGUAUGCCAUAUCUCGAGUUUCUGUAUCUUGAAGGUUGUAUAAGAUUGUAUGAGGUUGACCCGACAAUUGAAUGUAGGUGGCUUAAGUCUCUCAAAGUUCUUAAUCUUUCUGGUUGUUCAAGGGUUAACAAACUACCUAAUGACACGUGUCAUUUGGAGUGUUUGGAGGAGCUUUAUCUGAAUGGCACUGGCAUAAAAGAACUACCUACGUCUACUGAAGUGCUUGAAAUACUUACUGUGCUGAACUUCAAAGACUGCAAGUAUCUUGUGCGUCUUCCAAGCAGUGUAGGUGGCUUAAAAUCUCUCAAAUAUCUCAAUCUUUCUGGCUGCUCAAAGCUUGACCAAUUGCCAGAUGAGUUGGGUCCUGUUGCUUGUUUGGAGAAGCUUGAUGUGAGUGGAACUGGCAUAAGAGAAGUGCCCUCCUCUAUUGGUCUUUUGAAAAACCUCAAAGAAUUAUCUCUUGCUGGAUGUAAAGCACGGUCACCUAAAUCAUGGAAUAUGAUGUUCGACCCCUUUCAGUUAUUGCGAAAAAGAAGUCACAUUCAGGCGGGAUUGUCGUUGCCUUGUUUGUCUCGUUUGCAUUCAUUAACUGAAUUGGAUCCAAGUGACUGCAAUCUUUCUGAAGACGCAAUGCCCAAUGAUUUUGGAUGCUUGUCUUCAUUAAAAAGUUCAAUCUCAGCAGAAAUCAAUUUGUUAGACUACCUGAGAGCGUCGGCCAACCUCUAG